AUGGAAUCAGACGAGCGACCAGCAAAGAUCCGCAAACUCAGCAGCCACCAUGACCGCGAUGCGCUGCCUGAGACUACAGCCUCUUCGCUCAACGUGGACACGGAUGCCCACAUGCAAGAUGCUGCUGGUACCGCACCACCACAACCACCCACCACCGCUCCCCUAGCUGAUGCCCCCGAGUCCACCAUACCCACACCGUCAAACCCCUCCGCUGGCACAACAACCGCAACCCCUCCGCCGACACUGCCACCGCUCUCCAAGAAAAUGCCACCAACCCACCCACAACAGCAUCCACUACAACCUCCACUGACCCCACCAACCUACCCCUCUCCAAGUCCAUGCAAAAGAAACUGCGCAAACAAGCGGAAUGGGACGCCAAAAAGGAAGACCGCAAAAUCUGGCGCAAGGAAAAGAAUCAAGCAAAGAAAGAGCGCAAGCGCGAGGAAAAACGCACCAACCCUGAUGCUUGGAAGGAAAAGCAGAAGCAANUGGGUCAAACCCACCAUGCUUCCCAUUACUCUGCUCAUCGACUGUGACUUUGACAACUUGAUGAGGGACAAUGAGCGUAUCUCUUUGGGCGGCCAGUUGACGAGGUGUUAUUCCGACAACAAGAAUGCCGCGUUUAGAGCUCAUCUUGCCGUGUGCAGCUUCAAUGGAAAAUUGAGGGAAAGAUUUGACGGCAUCCUCAACAAAAGCUAUCAGAGUUGGAAGGGCGUCAGGUUNUUGGAUGAAGACUUUGUGGUCGCAAGUGAAAAGGCAAAGGAGUGGAUGGCCGAUGACAAGAGAGGAGGCAAACUCGGCGGCGUGUUUGAGAAAUACGCUCCUGUCAAUUCCACUAUCGACGAGGAGCAACAAGACAUCAGCAACCCCCAAGCCAUCACCAUUCUCGAAGAAGUCGCCGAAGCAAAAACUGAGGAUACCAACACCGAGGAAACUACAGAAACCAAGCCCGCACAACCCAAGCCCAAACAUCCCAUCUAUGUCAAACCCACCUCAUUACCGCCAGCAGACCUAGAAAUCCUCCACGCCCAAGCCGAAACAAUCUACCUCUCCGCCGACAGCGACUACACCCUCACCGAACUAAAGCCCUUCUCCACCUACAUAAUCGGCGGCCUCGUAGACAAGAACCGCGAAAAAGGCAUUUGCGCCGCCCGCGCCGCUGCCGCAGGUGUAAAAACCGCUAGACUGCCUAUUGGCGACUAUCUAGCCAUGGCAAGCAGAAAAGUGUUGACUACAAACCAUGUGCACGAGAUUAUGCUCAAGUGGCUUGAAUGUGGGGAUUGGGGCGAGGCGUUUAUGAAGGUUAUUCCCAAGAGGAAGGGAGGACAGUUGAAGGGGUAUGGGGGUGAGGGUGUAGAGGGAGAUGAAGAUGCAGAGGGAAAUGCUGAUGAGGAAAAUGAUCAUGUCGAGCAUCUUGAAGACAGAGAAGAGGAAGAGGCCGAGGAAGAAAACGAGGCAGAUGCUACAGCAGAGCAAGCUGCUGGGAUUGAGAAGACGGCCUAG